GGCCAGAUGGCAAAACCUUUCCAGCUGGGGCCAACUAGGAAGAAAGGAGAUCAAAUUGGGAACUUGGCAUCCUUGAGAGCAGCAGUUCUCAGCAAGCAGUUUUAAAAUGGAUGCAUCUUGGCUUACUGUUAGUCCCCCUGCAAAGGAGCUGAGAUGGGGGAUGUCACAGAGGAAGGGUGGAAAAGAAGCAUCAGAAAUGAAAGCCUGUCACAGCUAUGGUCUCAUUGACAAACAGGAACUGAGGGGCUGAUUUCCACAGCCGGCACUUGGCGCUCUCGAGGACAUCCCCACUCCACAUCUGUCCCUUCUCAUCCCAUCCGGACGCUUGGCGCCAAGCCAGAGAGUUCCCAAUGCCUAAGAAUAGCAAAGUGACGCAGCGGGAACACAGUAAUGAGCAUGUCACUGAGUCUGUGGCUGACCUGUUGGCCCAUGAGGAGCCUGUGGACUACAAGCGCAGUGUCUUAAAUGUGGCUGGAGAGACCUGGGACAAGCAGAAGGAUGCUGAGGAGGACCUGGACUCUGAGAACCGGCCAGCGUGGAACAGCAAGCUGCAAUACAUCCUUGCACAGAUUGGCUACUCAGUGGGGCUGGGGAACGUCUGGCGGUUUCCAUAUCUGUGUCAAAAAAAUGGAGGAGGUGCCUAUCUGGUCCCGUACCUAGUGCUGCUCAUCAUCAUUGGGCUCCCUCUCUUCUUCCUGGAGCUGGCCGUGGGUCAGAGAAUCCGCCGGGGCAGCAUUGGAGUGUGGAACUACGUCUGCCCACGCCUGGGGGGCAUUGGAUUUGCCAGCUGUCUAGUCUGUCUUUUUGUUGGUCUCUACUACAACGUGAUCAUUGGAUGGAGCAUCUUCUACUUCUUUAAAUCCUUUCAGUAUCCCCUGCCCUGGAAUGAAUGCCCCAUCAUUAACAAUGGCACAACGGCCAUUGUGGAGGCAGAAUGUGAAAAGAGCUCGGCUACCACUUACUUCUGGUACCGGGAGGCCCUGGACAUUUCCAACUCCAUCUCGGAGAGUGGGGGGCUUAACUGGAAGAUGACUGUGUGCCUGUUGACAGCCUGGAGUAUCGUGUGCUUGGCCAUGAUUAAAGGAAUCCAGUCUUCAGGGAAGGUGCUGUACUUUAGCUCCCUCUUCCCUUAUGUGGUGCUGGUUUGCUUCCUGGUGCGGGGACUGCUGCUGAGGGGAGCCAUAGAUGGGAUCCUGCAUAUGUUCACUCCAAAGCUUGACAAGAUGCUGGAUCCCCAGGUAUGGCGAGAGGCAGCCACACAGGUCUUCUUCGCCCUGGGCUUGGGCUUUGGAGGAGUCAUCGCGUUCUCCAGCUACAACAAACAGGACAAUAACUGCCACUUCGAUGCUGUGCUUGUCUCCUUCAUCAACUUCUUCACCUCCGUGCUGGCCACCCUGGUGGUCUUUGCUGUCCUGGGGUUCAAGGCUAACAUCAUGAAUGAGAAAUGUGUGGUGGAGAAUGCUGAGAAGAUCCUGGGCUACCUGAACACCAAGGUCCUGAGCCAUGACCUCAUCCCGCCCCAUGUGAACUUCUCCCAUCUCACAGCCAAGGACUACAGCGAGAUGUACAAGGUGAUCAUGACGGUGAAGGAGAAUCACUUCAAGGAGCUGAGCUUGGAUGCCUGCUUGCUGGAAGAUGAGCUCAACAAGUCAGUGCAAGGAACAGGUUUGGCCUUUAUUGCCUUCACUGAAGCAAUGACUCACUUCCCUGCAUCUCCUUUCUGGUCUGUGAUGUUCUUCUUGAUGCUGAUCAACCUGGGGCUGGGCAGCAUGAUUGGGACCAUGGCAGGCAUCAGCACCCCCAUCAUUGACACCUUCAAGGUGCGGAAGGAAGCUUUUACAGUUGGCUGUUGCAUCUUUGCCUUCCUGGUGGGCCUCAUCUUCGUGCAGCGCUCAGGGAACUACUUUGUCACCAUGUUUGAUGACUACUCUGCCACACUCCCACUCACUGUUGUGGUAAUCCUGGAGAAUAUUGCUGUGGCCUGGAUUUACGGCACCAAAAAAUUCAUGCAGGAGCUGACAGAGAUGCUGGGCUUCCGCCCAUCCCGGUUCUACUACUACACCUGGAAAUACAUCUCUCCCAUCUGCAUGGCUGUGCUCAUGACUGCCAGCAUCAUCCAGCUGGGAGUCAACCCUCCAGGAUACAGUGCUUGGAUCAAAGAAGAGGCUUCAGAGAAGUUCCUCUAUUACCCAACAUGGGCUAUGGCCAUCCUCAUCUCUCUGAUCAUCCUGGCUACUCUCCCACUGCCAGUGGUCUUCAUCCUCCGCCAGUUCCACCUGGUGUCGGAUGGCUCGAAUGCCCUUUCUGUCACCUACAAAAAGGGCCGGAUGAUGAAGGACAUUUCCAACUUGGAAGAUAACGACGAGACCCGCUUCAUCUUGAGCAAAGUGCCCAGUGAGACCCCCUCCCCAAUGCCCACACACCGGUCCUACCUGGGCCCAGGGAGCUCUUCCCCGAUGGAGAUGAACAGCACACCAAACGGACGCUAUGGAAGCGGGUACCACUUGGCCAGCACUCCUGAAUCUGAACUGUAAUGACCGCCCACCACCCUCCCAAACAGAGCCCUGGAGAGGAGGUCCCCAGGAGCUGAUCCUGACCCCGAGGGCACUGAUAAAAGAAACCCAUCUUCGAAUUUUAACCAGUAAGCAGCCAUUUCCAGGGAUGACAUCGUAAAGGGAUUGUGGGAGGGAGCGGGACUUCCCUCCUGGCAACCUCCAGUCAAACAGCAGGAUGCCUUCCCGGCUGCCCUUGUGAAUAGAAAAGAAAAUGAAACAAGACACUGCAAUAAAUUUUAUAGGGAUGUUCCUACAGAGAUGCCUCCUGGAACAAGUCAAGAAUCUCUUUAUUUUCAAGCACCUGAUGGUUGGAAAAGGGACACACAAUAAGGUGACAGCCAAAGAAGUUUCCUCUUCUAGCCUGGAUCUGUUCCCCCUCCGUUCAUUUUCCUUUAGGUAGGAGACGUGACAGCCUUAUUCCAGUGAGCACAUCUAGCCAUUAAUGUUCAUACCACGAUGAAGAGCCAGUUCCCUCCAGGUUUGUGUUGCUGUUGUGUCUCUUGUGCUUUAAUAGCUCUGGAGACGCCCAAAGCCUAGCAUCCGUGGAUGUUUCUUACCAUGCAGGACUAAGGUGUAUCCCAAGUAGGCAAAAAUGCUUUGUAGCCAGUGACAGAGCCUGGCUAAUCUUUGGGUGUCCAUCCACUGCGUUGCUACUGAUGCCAGUACAACAUACAAUGGGAUUGUGUCAAUGAAUAACUUUGAGAUGAGGCUUCAAGUUAGCAUGCCCAUUUACAAUGCAGUGUUACUCUUCCAAAUGGCAAAAGCAGCACAAGACCUCAGAUGGAUUCAGGUGCGUGAGCAUGUGCCAUGUGUGCAGGCCAGAAUCUGAACAGAGUUACCACAGGGUAGAUCCACAGUGAUCUCCUUUGAAAUUGCAGGGUUCACACUGGAGUCGCUCCUGAUAUGCAGCAUAUAACUGUGUGCAGGUUCCAGCCCCAUGACUUCUAUUUUCAAUGCACUGUGUGAAAGAGAGCACUGGGAGAGUGGUGAAUAGAUUCCCCUUGCUAGACUGGCUGGAUGCUCUGCAGGGACAGGUAGCAAAACUGGGGCUAUUGGACUCCUGGUUUAGCUCUCAGGAACUAGAUAUUAUCAUUUGCCCAUGUCCUUGGGGUUAGCUGGAUAUAACUGAGGGCUGAAGGUGACCAUGUGCACCCAGCAUCUAUUUACAAGGCCCAGGUAUCCUCAGCCAAGGAUCCAAAUUCCUCCCUGGUAUAUUCACACACACAUCAGUGCCCUUAUGCCAGGGGUGUAUUUGGUUCUGGGGGCCAUGCCUUGUUUCAGGAAGAUGGAGCUUGGCAUCACAUGUUGUUGAGUCUCCUCUCAGUUAGCACUAGAUCUUCACAGCUCUGCUUGGCUUCUGUGCCUGACCAGCGGGUCUCUUGUUUGACCCAGUCCUGUCAUAACCAUCCAUGGGUUUUGGGACCUGUAUGAGAGUUAUGCUGGUACUCCCAGCUCCAUCUAAGAGGUUAGGACCUGGUCCAGGUAGAGGCAGGGAGCAUCACUACACCACAUCCAUUUGUGGGUGUCUGGAGGAGCUGUGAGUGUGACGGGUCCUGCUUCUCAUGUCCCUCUGGGGCAGGGGAAGAAGUUGUCAUCUCACAUAUUGCUACCAUCUGAGCAAUUUGCUGAGACCUUGCUCUUGCACUUAAAGCCAAUGCCAUAGACUCUCAUGCCGGGGCCCAGGCCACUGAUCUUAUUUUGACCUUGCAGAGGCUGAGAGACUGUAUCCCCUUUCUGCCUCUCCUUUUCCCUGUCCCAUCUCUCUUGGUUAAAUACAGGCAGGCUAAAGACUGGUAAAAAAAAUCUCUUGGGCCUUUUGUGCUAUUGGUUUCCAGGAGCAGCCUUUUCUCUUUCUGUCUCCAUCUCUGCAGCUUCCCUUAUGCAGCCAGCAAAGUUUUACAUACCAUAUUUUACUGGCAUAUCACAUGCACCUUUCCCCCAAAAAAUUAGCCUUCCAAAAUUGGGGUGCAUGUCUUGAGUGGGGAAGCUGAUUUUCUGCCCCAAAUAGAAGCACUUUGCUUUGAUUCCUGGUCCACCCAAAGUUUAAAAGCAACUUCCCAGCAGCAGCAGUGCCAUUUCUAUUGAGGCAGCCGAGGGAGUCUGUUGACUUAAUGGUUCCCUGCUUUUUACUCCACAGGUGCUAAUGACUGCCUCCUCUUUGCAAUGGACUUGAUUUUCCACUAAUCAAGCUAACUUUUCUUUUGGCAAUUUUGCUGUCUGCUAGCUGCUCCUGGUCUCUUGUGUCCUAUUUCACAGCUCUACAGACUGUUUUUACCUCCUUUCAAAUUUGUAGAUCUGCCCAUUGAGACCAGUCUUUAGCAGCAGCUACUGUUUCAUCUUCCAGCUGAGUAGGAAAGGAAGGGUGAGUGAGCUGAAGAUUAGGUUCCUCAUCUGAUCUGUGCGGCCAUAACUCUAGCAUUUUUUCCCUUCAUUCUCUCUCUCCCCCCCCCCCCAAAAGAAAAAAAAAGAUGCGUGUCUUUAUUUGGGGGCAUGUGGUAUAUAAGGAAAUACAGUAACCCCUUUUUUCUCCUUCUGCUGCAUCUGCUAACUGAGAUUUCUGCAAGUACUUUAACUCAGACCCUCAGUAGCCAUUUCACAGAUAGGCAAAAGGAGGCACAGACUUGGCAAAGGGUGCAGUGUGAAGCACUGGGAAGAGAACCUGUGGCAUCUGGGUCCCAACCAUUGGUCUGUGAACAGCAGGCCUCCGUGCCUCAGCCACUGAGAGCCUUUCAUGUGAGGUCGCAGCAUCCAGAGGGAAGGGUCGCACUCUUACAAUUUUUCUGAGUCAAAUUCAGUGAUGUCAUGCUUUAAUAUCCUUGCCCCAAUUUGGAAGGCAAUACUUCUGCAAGAAUGAGUGGUGGCAAACCCAAUAGCCCCUCUUCUGCCACUCUUACCUGUGCCCACCAUUCACGAUGGCCUCUUCAAUCCCAUUUUUAGUGGAAGUCUAGCCAGUUGGCUGCAGUGGGCAGCUGUUUACAGCAGAGCUGAAUGUAGGCUGCCUGGUGUGGCAUGUGGACCAAUUCUGAGCUGAGACUGGUUUGAUCCUGGCUACACUUCACACAUGCCAGGGGAGACGCUCCUGCUCAGCAUGGGUAUAGACAAGUUCUGCACUGGAUUCAGUGAGCCUGGUCCCCUACCAUGUUUCUCUGUUGACUUCAACUGAGUUAUUCCAGUUGACGCCAGCUGAGAAGCUGACCCCAGGGACCUGAGCCAUGUUCACUUUGCAUAUGCAGAUGGCCAAGGUGGUGCUAGUUUCCCAGUUUUGCCAGGUAUAGCCUAAGUUUGAUCUUCAUCACUCUGGUGAUGAUUCUUCCCUCACUCAUCCAAGAAGGUCCGUGAGGAGCAACUCUACUAUAAUCACUACCCUGGUCUAGUGUGGUCAAAGGAAAUCAGGGCCCAUGCUUUCCUUUUCAGUAGUUCACACCCUGGCUCCAGUGGGUUCCCACUAUACUAAUUCACCACUGGCAAAUGGGAGCCACUGAUUACAAUUACUUUACUUCUCCCAUUGUUCUUGAUACUUUCUAUCAUAUGAUAGGGCCACCACUGUGCUGAUUUAGCCCAGGAAGGGACCCGGGGAGGGCAGGAGGGAUCUCUCUCCUUUCACUGCAUUUUCCUAGCGUGAUUUAUUAAGUCACCAAGUCAGGUUGCCUAUUUGCUGUGUGUUAUUAAAGGUGAGCAUAGAUCCACUACAGGGUGGAUGUAGAAGUCUCCUGGUCCCUGUGUCCCUUAGCGUCUUGUUGGACACCAGCAGUCCUAAAAUGUAUCAGCCUUAGAUAAGAGCAGUGUGGCUACCUGGCUCUCCUUGGUGACCUUGGACUAGUCCCAUCUCUUUUUCUGUGCCUCAGUUUUCUGAUCUGUAAAAGUGAGCUAAUGAUCCAGCCCACCUUUGUAAGGCACUUGGAGGCUUUCUGCUGAAAAGUGCUUUAUACAAUGAAGUGUUAUCUAGUAAGGCAGCAUUUGGACCCCAGGUGGAGCAGACUGCUUUGUGGUUUCAUGGGAGCAUCAGUGCUUUGCACCAGCUGGGCUCUGUUCCCUAUUCUGCUAUUGUUUAUACUGGGAACAUCCCAUGGCCUUACCCUGUUAUCCCUGAUUGACACAAAGGAGAGGCAGGGGUAGAACUGGGCCCAUCACAAAAAGAAACCGAAUGGAUCCUGGGCCUUGAUUGAUUUGUAAAUGAAUUUUCUGAUCCCAAUACUUUGGGCAAAGGGAAGUGUCCUGGAAGGAAGCAGAGCCAGGGACUGUCUGAGAGGGUUGGAGAGAGCACAGCGGUGUUGCUGGUUGUGCAGUGGAGGCCUGUCUGCCUCCAGCCACCUUGGGAGCUGUGCAGACAGCUUCUGGGGGGAGAGUGAGGCAUGUGCAGCCAGGGUCAAAUCUGUUCUUCUUUUUCUCUAGUCUCCCCCCAUCUCCCUGCCCAUCUUCUCCUUCUGCCUCCAUCUGCUUGGGCUUUUCUUCCCCUCUCUACACAAGAGCAGAGGAGUCGCUCCACACCAUUACACCAUGUGUCCAUCUGGACCAGUCUCCCCUCUUCCAGAGUGGCCAGCACCAGCUAUUUCCAAGGGGGAAGGAGGGAUGUGAGGCAUCUCCUCAUGGUCAAUCAGGAAAUAACCUGCCCUGCUAAUUCCUGAUAUUUCUAAUUCUAUCUGUCUCUCUCUUCCCCCAGUGGGCCUUUCUCUGUGUGGACCCCAUCAUGGGGAUCCAGGCCAAGUAGGCCAGGGAUUAUCACAGAAGCACAAGCUUGAAGUCCAACAUAGAUGUCCCAGUGUGGACCUGCAUAUCUGCUAGGACAGAUCCCCAGUUGAUGUAAAAUCACAUAAUUCUAGAUGCUUUGAUGGGGGUUAUACCCAUUUAUUCCAGUUGGGGAUCUAGCCCAUAAUCUCUUGAACCAUGUUUUUGAGCCAGCAGUGAGUCUUUUCAUUUCCCCCUCCUUCUCUUGGUAGUUUGGAGGCAACGGUGAUAGACAAGUGAAGAAAAGCUAUAUUAUAUAUAUAGAAUAAUAACCUAUAGAUUCUAUUUCUAUUGUAUAUUUACUCUGUAAAUGUUGGUGUAAAUUCUGUUAAAUGACAAACUAUUCAAAAGUGACCCGUGAACUAUUUUCAUUCUCAGUGCUGUACAGAUCUAUUUUCAUUGUAUAUUUGAUAUAUUUAUAAUUUAACUUUUUUUUUUUAGUGUGUGAUUGGUGACUGUCCCCCUGCCAAGCUGCUCCCAGGAGUGGGGCUACAAGGGGGGCGCUGCCUUCAUUUAAUCUGUGGAAGUUCAGUAUUGCUUUGUGGCAUUUGCUAGGUAUUAGGUUCCAGGGUGGGAUUUAAGUGUUAGGUGCUGUUUGCAGUCUGUGUGUACGUGCGUGCGUGCGUUAGGGUUAGUACAUGCUACGUGUGUUUUGUAUGUGUUUUGUUAGGAUUGACUUUUGCUGUUCUUCAGUCACUUCAGGGUCUCUCUUUAGUUUCUGUUGGCCACCAAUGCAUUUGAUUUUAUAGCAAUGAAUGUGGCUGGGGGAGAAUUCAUGAAACUUGUCUGAUAGCUGUUCCCUCUGUCUGGCAGGGAGAGGGUUAACGCUAAUCCACUGCAGGGUUUUAUGCUGCCAGUCACUUUGCUGAGCUCUCAUAGACAUGAGGAGGAGCCAAUGCUAUGGUCACUGCGCACCUUCUUUCUUUGUAAUUACAAAAUAACAAUGUCACUGUACCUGCCACCCUCGGGGCUCCUGGUUCAUUCCCACCCUGACUUGCAUUGUUGGGAAGCUUCGGUGUCCUUGAUUUUAUCACAAGCAGCUGCUGAAUAGACCAGUAGGAGAGACAGCAAUGUGACACAUUAACCACUGUUAGCUAGGCUGAAACCCUCUACAAUUAGCACUGUGGGAUGGAGCCAUUAUUGAGGAUCAAGGACCAAUAUGGGUUAUUCUCAAAAGAUUCCCCCAUCUCUUUGUGGGAGCCCUUAGCUGCUACUUCACCAGCCUGCUUCAGUGAGGCUGGUUUAUUAUAGCACAGGAUGUAGACUAAGCAAGCACAACAGCCAGAAGGAAGCACUGACUUUCCAAGUCCUGUCCAGUCCAGCCCAGUUUGGGGCCACACAGCAGUGUCCCUGCUUGCACUCACAUCCCCUGGGUGCUGCAUGGAGUCUCUGCCCAGCCCUGGGAGCAAAGCCAGAUGAAUGAGUGCAUUUCAUAGAUCCCGGGCCAGCAGUCUGUCUUAAGACUGAAAAAACAAAAGGUCAGCACACGUCCCUGCCCCAGUGUUGUCAUAUCAUGCUCAGGGAACUGGAACAGCAGCCCAAGCCAGGAGGCAGUGAUGGGGAAAGGCCUUGCCUAGCAAUCACUGCAAGCUUAACUCGGCCUCCUCCUUGUGCACUGCAGCUGGCUUGGACAGUUGUAUUCAUCACACGUGAGCCCUUAGAUCAACUUGGGUGCAGGGGAAGGGGCAGCUGUAGCAGGUUGGUUCUGCCAUAGUAGAUGAGGUCCCGGUCCACAGAUGCAGACACCCCAUUGUUUUGCUGUUGCUCAGGAGAGGAUGCUUUGCACAGCUCAUCUAUAGGGGUGGAAUCGGAGGUCUCUGGCCUAAAAGCACCUGUCUCUACUGCAUAAGAUAGAAGCAGAACUAUCAGCAGGGGCUCAUAGGGAGAGUUUAACUGUCUUGAGAUAUGCUCAGGAUCUGAAUCCAGAUCCCUGGAUCACACCUGCAGCUGGUGGGAAGCAGUGUGGCUGCACUGAGCUACGCUGGCCUAUACCACCUAAAGAUCUAUUUUCCCCCCCACCCCCUCCCCAUUUUUAUGGGGCAUGGAGGUAAUGCUCCAUGCCCACCUUGAUCUAAGCCAGGGCUGUUUGACUUCUGGGUGGCGGAGGGCUGCACACUUUAUAGGUCCCCUGGGAUUCCCUGCCAUUGCCCCCCCCCAAGCCCCUUGAGGUCUUGCCUGCUUCCUGGGCCAUGCUGCCCCGGGGGCAGGGAGAAGAAGCUUGAGGAGGGAGGGGGAGCCUGGAGACUCCAGCAGCAGCAGAGCAGUGCGGGGACCAGCACCUGGACCAGGAGCCCCUGAGCGUCAAGUGAACCCCUCUCCUGCAGCCUGUGGGCUGCGAGUUGGACAGAUUUGCUCCAAGCCAUCCCAGACUGGAGGAAGGGGAAGCUCAAAUCCAAGUCUCGGGUUUCAGUGGAGGCCAAUCCAGAUCGGGGAUUUUUGGCAACUUGCAUUGGAAAGAGGCUCUGCUUUUCCUCCUCGUUUCACUGCAUAAACUGUUGGCAGGACACGGUUCCAUAGUAAUCUCAUUAUGCAGUUGGCUCGCUGUGCGGUGGGUAAUGGCUUCCAGCAAUACAUUCCCUUGGACAAUGCUUUUAGUAACAUGCUAUAGAUAAACACUGUUUUUGUCAAUGCCUGUAAAUGACUUAAUAUGUGGUGUGGAGUCCUCUGGAGACAGCGCAACCUGGAUGCCAUCCCUGGCUGAGGAUGGGAAGAGCCAGCCUCCACAUCGCCCCUUAACGGCCUUGUGCAGUAUUACUAGGUAGAGUCAGCCUCUGGUCCAUUAGCAGGAAAGGACCUGGCGGGUAUCUAGUGAGUCAGCUUGACUCUUGGCUGAGCCCGCAGGCCCUGCAGGCUCCUGUUUUGCUUGGGUCAUUUAUCCUGGUGCUGAAUCAUGCUGUCCAGUGGAGUUUGCUCUUUGGAUGUUAUCUCUGCACCCCCCUGCAUUUUAUACUGCCUGGGGGAGCAUUGUCAGCAUCAGCAGAGAUGCCCUCAGCAGACAUGGCGAGAUAGACAGCCUGGGAGAGUCCUUGGGAAGGACUGCUGGGGCUGUCUAGCUCACCCAUGCCAGAGGUGAGAUAUCUGCCCACCCUGGCAGUCUGAACUGCUUCUAUGGUUGGAGACUUCCUGCUCUGCUCCUUGUUCUGUUCGGUGAGAUUCGGGGAGAGGCCACUGGAACGAUGUGCCGUGGGUGCUGUUGCGCAGCCAGCAGUCACUGCACCGGGCACCUGAUGCAGAGGCCUGAUCUGAAGACGAGGGACGUCUUUGGGAGUCUUUUCAUUGACGACAACGAGCUGUUGUGGCUCAUUUCUAAGCGCAGCACCUCCCUAAAGGAGAGGAGAUGCUGUGGUACUGCGGGGUGAUGCCCACAGAGGUUUGAAUGGCGAUCAAUGCUCAUCCUUCUCUGAGCCACAUUUGGGGAUCUAGGAAAGUCAAGAUAAAGACUCCCAUUGACUUCUGAGGACUCGAGAUCAGGCCCCAAAGGAGCAGAAACAAGGACCAGGACUAGGGAAGGAAGCAGACUCCAUCUUUGCCUCGGGUGCCAGGGCUCUGAGGGCAAACCCUGAGGAGCAAGGCCCUUGUGCCAGAGCUCAUGACGUGAGUGGGAGCAGAAAACCAAUACCCGCGGUGGGAGCAACCCCGCGGGAACGUGAUGAUCGGGGAAGCACAUAUCUGAUGAAACCCUCCUGUACAGGUCAAAGCACAGCACUUGUAGUAGCUUGUCUGUUGUAUCACAUAGCCAGUGUAUUUAUGACGUGCACCUGUGCCGGCAGGACAAUUCGGCAGUGUGAAAGAACUACUGUAACAACUGUAACAAAGUCCAAUUAAAAGUUUCUUCUUACCAA